AGCCUUUAAAGGCCAGUUCAUUAAGGAUUGUAAGAAAUUACACUUUUUUAUAUUAUAAGGAUACAGAGGAAAAUAAUUUUUUGUGAGAAGUCGCGAAAGCUUCUUGAAACUGGCUUAUAUGGAAUUAGCGCUCAAGCAUGUAGCGAAUCGCUUAGAAAAGCUAGAUUCGAAUUGUUUUCAAGAUGGUUUUUAUAAAUUUGAACCAAAGAAUAUAAACUCUUCUCUUGAUAUAGUUGGAAGGACCAUUCAGAAUAUUCUGGAUACGACUUACACUUACCAACCGAAAAAGAUAUCUAUACGAGAAAAUGAAGUGGUCUCGGAUACAGUUUCUAACGUACAUUGGCUGAAGGAAAAAUGUGAACUGAUUUGUUCUACCAUGGAGGCGGAAUUGAGUCCUUCCACCUUAUUUGAUUCGAUUAUUGAGGCCCUUCAGUCAGAAAACGAUGAAUUGACUGUACAAGAGGAUUUAUUAAAUCUUCUGGGAUAUGAAAAUGUCGAACUCUUAUCUCAGAUUUUCGAACGAUCAUCAUUAAUCCUGCAGGAAUACACUAAGCAGCAAAAUCUUGCUAAUGAGAGAACUUCUGCAGAGUCAACUCCUACUCACGGACAAGCCCUCCUGGAUUCAGUUCGAACAAAAGGACCUCAGUUUACACGCUCUAAAGAUAAUCGCGGUCCGUUGUUCACUGGACAACAGCUCUUUGAAAGCGAAAACUAUCCUCAUGUUUACGGAGACAAAAGGCUUGGAAAUACGAUUAGUGUCAUUGGAAAAAAAUUCGCUUUGCCGGUAGGGAGUCAACGCGAUGAUUAUGACAAAUACGAGGAAAUAGUUGUUCCUCCUGCAAAGCAUUUACCUCCUAUGCAGAGUGAAACCCCAAUCAAAAUAUCUUCCCUGGAUACCAUAUGUCAGAAAACGUUUAUGCGAUAUGAAACACUUAAUAGAAUUCAGUCGCUUGUUUUCCCUGUUGCUUAUAAGACUAAUGAGAACAUGCUCAUUUGUGCCCCUACGGGUGCUGGUAAAACCGACGUUGCCUUACUUACUAUUCUCCAGACAAUUUCUAGCUUUACUGAGAAGUUGGGCUUAGACGAGAAAAAUGAAGAACGCUUGCGGGUUUUGAAGGAUGAUUUCAAAAUUAUCUAUAUUGCACCAAUGAAAGCUUUAGCUGCAGAGGUGGUAGAAAAGAUGGACAAACGCCUUAGUUGGCUAGGAAUUAAAACGAGGGAGCUUACUGGUGAUAUGCAAUUGACCAAAGCUGAGAUUGCAGAAACUCAAAUUAUCGUAACUACUCCAGAAAAAUGGGAUGUCGUUACCAGAAAGAGUGUAGGCGAUAGCCAGUUAACGGAAAAAGUGCGAUUGGUUAUCAUCGACGAAAUUCAUAUGCUUCAUGAUGAUCGUGGUGCUGUCAUUGAGUCUUUAGUUGCCAGAACUCAACGGUUUGUAGAAACAAGUCAGCAGAUGAUUCGAAUUAUUGGUUUAUCUGCGACUCUUCCUAAUUAUCUUGACGUAGCGGACUUUUUGGGUGUUAAUAGGUAUAAAGGAUUAUUCUAUUUUUCUUCUGCUUUUCGUCCAUGCCCUAUAGAACAUCAUUUUAUUGGUGCUAAAGGGUCUCCGAAAGUUGUAAACACAAACGUUGAUGAAGCUUGCUUUGAUAAAGUCCUUGAACUUAUUCGUGAAGGUCAUCAAGUGAUGAUUUUUGUUCAUUCUCGAAAAGAGACGAUAAAAUCUGCAAACAAAAUCAGAGAGCAAUUCUUCCACGAAGGUGCCGCUGAUUAUCUUGAUUGUUCAACGCAUGAAAAAUAUGGACUUUUCCAAAGGGAAGUUGCUAAAUCAAAAAAUAAAGAUUUAAGAGAACUUUUCAAAUAUGGUGUCGGUAUUCAUAACGCUGGUAUGUUACGUUCUGAUAGACAUUUAACAGAGCGGCUUUUUUCACAAGGUGCAUUAAAAAUCCUAUGUUGUACGGCUACACUCGCGUGGGGUGUCAAUCUUCCAGCCUACGCGGUAGUUAUCAAAGGUACUCAGUUGUAUGAUCCCCAGAAAGGUUCUUUCGUAGAUUUGGGUGUUUUAGAUGUUUUACAAAUUUUUGGUCGUGCUGGUCGUCCCCAAUUUGAAAAAUCGGCUGCCGCAUUCAUUAUCACUACUCAUGAUAAGCUUUCUCAUUAUGUUUCAGUUGUCACUCAACAAACACCGAUUGAAUCUCGGUUCACUGAACGACUUGUUGAUAAUUUGAAUGCGGAAAUUGCUCUAGGAACUGUCACAAAUGUUGAUGAAGCUGUAACUUGGUUAGGUUACACAUACCUGUAUAUUAGAAUGCGACGAAAUCCUUUAAUUUAUGGAAUUGCAUACGAUGAGCUAUUGGAUGACCCAUAUUUGGGAAGUAAACGACGAGAGUUGAUUGAAUUGGCGGCUACAAGGUUGGCCGAUAAUCAAAUGAUCAUAUUUAAUAAGAAAAACGGUUACUUAUCACCUAAAGAUUUGGGAAGAAUCGCUUCACAUUUCUAUAUUUCAUAUCAAACCAUUACUACUUUGAAUGGUUUACUAAAAAGUAAGAUGUCAGAGGCGGAUAUUCUUUCUUUGUUAAGUCAGUGUACCGAGUUCUCGCAAAUAAAAUCGAGAGAAAACGAGCAUAAGGAACUGGAAUCAUUAAUGGAACACAAUGCUCCAUGCCAAUUAAGAGACAGCAUUUCAAACACAGCCGGUAAAGUAAAUGUUAUUUUACAAAGUUAUAUUUCUCAAGCUCGUGUUGAGGAUUUUGCUUUAUCUUCUGAUACUAACUAUGUUGCUCAAAAUGCUGGACGAAUCUCUCGAGCUUUAUUUGAAAUUGCUUUAUCUCGUGCCUGGGCAUCAGCAUUUACAAUUUUAAGCUUAAGUAAAUCAAUAGAGAAAAGACAAUGGGGUUUUGAGCACCCAUUGUUACAAUUCGAUCUCCCAAAUGACAUUGCCACUAAACUUGAGAAUCAGUACAGUAACCUUUCUAUUGAAGACUUAUCUGAAAUGUCAGCUAAUGAACUUGGGGAUUAUAUCCACAAUAAGAAAAUGGGACCCACUAUUAAACAUUGUCUUUCUCGAUUACCUUUACUCGGAGUAGAGGUUGAUUUGCUACCGUUGACUAAAAAUGUACUUCGAUUGACUUUGACGAUUAAUGCCAAGUUUACAUGGGAUAUGAAAUACCAUGGCAACUCGCAAUUAUUUUGGAUUUUCGUUGAAGAUAGUGAUGGAUUGGAAAUCCUCUACCAUGAGCUCCUUGUUUUAAACAAAAAAAGCUCUACAUCUCCACAAUUAAUGUCAUUUACUAUUCCUGUUUCGGAUCCCUUACCUUCUCAACUAUAUAUUGUUGCAAUGUCCGAUAGAUGGAUUGGGGCGGAAAGUGUUACUCCAGUUUCAUUGUCAAAUGUAGUUUUGCAUGAAGAUUCUAAUCCUGUAACUGAACUUUUGGAUUUACAACCUUUACCUAUAACUGCUCUUCAUGAUCCUGUCUUAGAGUACAUCUGUGGGAGAAGGUUCGCAUUUUUCAAUGCCGUACAAACACAAUUUUUCCAUACUAUUUACCAUACAGAUACCAAUGUCUUUGUUGGUGCCCCUACCGGAUCUGGUAAAACAAUGGCAGCAGAGUUUGCAACAUGGCGCGCUUUUCAAAAGAAUCCAACUCACAAGGUCAUUUAUAUUGCUCCAAUGAAAGCCUUAGUUAAAGAAAGAAUUAGCGAUUGGGGUUCCAGAUUGAUAGAGCCAAUGGGACUGAGCAUGAUCGAAUUAACUGGUGAUACUAACCUUGAUACAAAGACAAUUAUGGAGGCUAAUAUUAUAAUCACAACGCCAGAAAAAUGGGAUGGUAUAUCUAGAAGUUGGAAAACCAGGAAAUAUGUACAAGACGUCUCCUUGGUUAUUCUUGACGAAGUACACUUGUUAGGAAGUGAUCGAGGCCCCAUUUUGGAAAUGAUUGUUUCUCGUAUGAAUUAUAUAGCCUCACAAACAAAUAAGGGUGUCAGAAUUGUGGGUCUCUCUACUGCUGUUGCCAACGCAAAUGAUCUGGCUGAUUGGCUCAAUAUUAAGGAUGGUUUAUUUAACUUUAGGCAUUCUGUUCGCCCAGUACCUUUAGAAAUUUACAUAGAUGGUUUCCCUGGAAGGGCAUAUAGUCCACGAAUGAUGUCCAUGAAUAAACCCGCUUUUCAAGCUAUCAAAACGCAUUCUCCCACACAACCUGUUCUAAUAUUUGUUUCUUCUCGUCGACAAACAAGGCUUACAGCGAAAGAUCUAAUAGCAUAUUGCGGUUUAGAGGAUAAUCCACGCAGGUUUUUACAUAUGGACGAUUCAGAGUUAGAAAUGAUUCUUUCCAGGGUUGAAGACAAGAAUUUGAAGCUCGCUUUACCAUUUGGUAUAGCUCUUCAUCAUGCUGGUCUUACUGAAACCGAUCGUAAGAUUUCUGAAGAACUGUUUGUCAACAACAAAAUUCAAAUCCUUAUAGCAACAAGCACCCUGGCAUGGGGUGUUAACACACCAGCACACUUAGUAAUUGUGAAAGGUACCGAAUACUAUGAUGUUAAAAUUGAAGGUUACAAAGAUAUGGAUAUCACCGAUGUUUUGCAAAUGCUUGGACGUGCUGGUCGUCCUCAGUUUGACAGCUCUGGUGUUGCACGUAUAUUUGUGCAAGACACGAAAAAGUCAUUUUAUAAACACUUUCUUCAUAGCGGAUUUCCAGUCGAGUCUUACCUACAUAAAGUACUCGAUAAUCAUUUGAACGCAGAGAUAGCUAGCGGUACUAUUGGUAGCAUUCAGGGUGCACUGGACUUUUUGACAUGGACCUACUUUUAUCGUAGAGUUUACCAGAAUCCUUUUUACUACGGCGCUGAAGGUGAUGAUCAGGACAGUGUAGACAAGUUUCUAUCGGGCUUAGUCGUUAAUGGUUUUAAUGAACUUGAAAAAUCUGCAUGUAUAUACCGAGUGGAUGAAGAAAGCUAUGCUCCUACUUCCUUAGGAAAGAUUGUCAGUUACUAUUACUUAUUUCAUCAAACUGUGAGGAAUUAUGUACAGAAAGUUAAAGAGGAGAUUGACUUUCAAUUUGCUCUUCAACUUCUAUGUGAAGCUACGGAGUUUGAUGAUUUAGCUGUCAGACACAACGAAGAUUUAAUUAACGCUGAAAUUAACAAGAGCCUUAAGUAUUCUGCUGAAUGCCUUAACUUAAAUAUGGUUGAUCCGCAUGUGAAAGCAUUUAUCUUAUCUCAAGCUCAUAUGGGUAGAUUGAAACUACCUAUUGAUGAUUAUAUAACAGAUACACUUCAAGUUUUGGACCAGGUUAUUCGUAUCAUUCAAGCAUACAUUGAUGUUGCAGCUGAAUUGGGUUACUCACAAGUGUGCUUAAAAUAUAUGACUUUGUUGCAGUGUUUUAAACAAGCUUGUUAUCCUGACGCUCUCUACAGAAAUGCUCUUCCAGGAUUCCAUUGUAAUGAAGAAAAAGAUGCUAUGAAAAUGGUUUAUCAGUUUGCCGGUAAACCGAGAGAAUACCUCGAAAAGGAGUUAUCGAAGAAUGAAAAUGUUUUCGACCUGUCAGCAGCAAUCGAAAAGCUUAUGGCGUAUCCUGAUUUGGAUAUUCGGCUUUCACAAAAAGAAGCUGAAAAAUUACAAGUCUCUUUGCGUCGUAAAAACAAACCUUUGAAUCCCGACUUUUCUAUUUCUGCUCCAUUUCCUAAAUCGCAAACUGAAGGUUUUUUCGUCUUAGUCAUUGACUCGGCUACAAAGGAAUUGUUUGCUAUUCGUCGUGUAUCCUUGUCUGGAAAAGGACAAUCGGAUCAUGUUAGACUUUCACUUACUUGCAAGCUGGAAAUUCCUGAACCUUGCCGCGGACGCAAAGUCAAAGUCAUGGUUGUCUGUGAUGGAUAUCCCUUGACGUACGAACAAAAAUUCGUUUUGCAAGAAUAAAACGAAAUUAUCUAUACCAUUAUUUAUUCUCAGUUUUACAAUAUUUUUGUUAGUAAAAAUAACAAAUACUAUGUCUUAAAGAGCUCCAAGACCAAA